GAGGCAGCCCAGCAUCGCAGCAGCACAUACUCCGAGAGCAGGGCAGCCCACCCAACUGCCUCGGCACUCGACUGCGCCCGACGACGCGUAGGAGCGCCAGGACGACGAUGCGGCGGUAGCAAGCCAAAGCGCAGAGAGACAGCAGCCAUGCCCAAGCGCCCGAACCUCCACGCUUUACAAGUGACAGUAAUCUGCGGCGAGGACCUGCUCGCCGUCGAUAGUAAUGGCAAGUCCGACCCGUUUUGUGAAUUGCAGCUCUUGGAUGAAUUUGAUCAGCCGGUGUUUGGCAAGAAACGGACGCGGACGAAAUCCAAGACGUUAAAUCCGACGUGGGACCAAACGAUCACGCUGAAGCUGCCGAAGGACCCGAAGGCGCCUCGCACGCCGUUGGUCGUCGGUCACAAGGUACGCGUGCAGGUCAAGGACAGGGAUAAAGGAGGUGUGUUUUCCUCGGGCGUCGUCACUAACUUGGGCCAAUGCACCCUCUCACUAGCUUUGUUAAAACCUGGAGUAGCCCAAGAACAAUGGUAUAAACUAGAAAGGGUCGGCGAGAUGCAGCGCGUCUCCGGAAGGAUUAGGGUCAAAUGGUUUCGUGAGCAAGAUCCCGAGUCUCCCACCAAGUCUCAAUCGACGACGACUAUUGUGGAAGCCUUACCUGAAGUGGAAGUAGCUGGUCCUGUCGAAGCGACGGAGACGGAGGAGCAGCGAGCGGAGCGAGAAGCGGAGUUAAGUGAACUGGGUGUCCCGCCAGGUACAGAACUACGAGUGCGGGACCCGGCGCCCUUCCUGCCGCCCAACGAGUUGACCGUGGUCUUGAUGAAGGCUUCUUCUCUCAAGAUCAUGGAUAGGAAGCUCUUCGGCGCCGGGAGCUCCGACCCUUAUGUGAGGUUGGCUUGCGAGGGGGAUCUGGCCAAAUCAACGACCAAACAAAAAGACCUGGAACCGACCUGGGAGGAGGUCUUUACGUUCGCGGCGUUCGACGAGCGGGCGUCGUUGUCGCUGCAAAUGUACGACCACGACGACAUCGGUCUGAUUGCGGCGUCCUUGGAUUCGAGGCGCGUCGAUGGCGUCUUCAUGAGGCCACGCCGCGUCGACGCCGUCGCCGCGCCCGUCGCGUCUACUUGUGGGGGCUACGCGUCGCGUCGAGAGGCGUCGCGGCGUCACACGCGCGCGCGCGCAGGUUCCGACGACUUCAUGGGUUCUGUGGAUGUGCCCCUCGCGUCCUUACGAGACAAGAAGCUGGUAAGGCGCUCGCUACAACUGAGCAACGAUGCUGGUGAAAUAGAUGUUUUCCUGUGCUGGCGCACCUCCCCGCACAACGUGGCCAAGCUGCCCAACGAGGUCCACGAGCUCGUCCAGGGCCAGGAGAAGUACAAGAGCCAAGCUCUGAACGAAUUGAUUGUUUGUCCGAUACGCGCGACGCGAUUAAUUGGCGUCGACUCGCAUCUAGGAGGUGGUCCCAAGACCUCGGACCCCUACGUUGUUUGUGAUGUCGAUGGUCUGCGCAUGAAGACCAGCCACAAACAAAAGACGUGUCGACCGGAGUGGCUCGAGGUUUUGAAAUUACCGGUCGACGGCUAUUCAAGAGCAUCUUUAUCAGUAGAGGUCUGGGACCACAACCUCGGGAAAGAUGUGUUCCUCGGGAAGUGUACGGUAGAUCUGGCCAAAUAUGAGGAUAGGAAAGGUCGGCGACGGUGGCGCACUUUAACAGAUGAACGAGGCAUGCUCGACAAGGACCGAGGUCGCAUCGAGCUCCAUGUCGUGUGGCGGCACAACACAACUUUAAAGAUCGAGAUUCCAAGAGAGUUGGAGGACGACACUUUAGCUGCUGUUGAUGAAAGCUUAGUGCCUCCGACCGAACUACAAGUGUUUGUCGCAAGAGGGCGUUUACAGAAGGAGUGCGACCCUUACCUUCGUGUCGAAUGCGAGGCCCAUCGACAGGAAACGCUAUCGCGGUCGAAGACGACCAAGCCCGUCUGGAAAGAUACCCUUGUGUUAGGCCCUGUGGAGGGUGAUGAUGAUAACGUAGUGUUGUCUUUAUAUGACAAGAAGCCGUCAAGGGACAAGUUGAUCGGGACGAUCGAAGUGCCUCUCUGCUUAUUGAGGAACAAGUGUCCCGUGCGGCGGUGGCUGCCGGUCAACGGUACGCUGUCUCCACAGGAGAUUGCCCGUUGUCUGUCGAUCGACACCCGGACGCGAGGAAAUGAGGACCGGGAAGCCCUAGCCCUAAGUAAGAGGGGAGACUGCUACUACUCGUCCGACGAGAGUUCCGACGACGACGUCAGUGAAGAUCCGGCGGAGCGCCUCGACCGCGCCAAGAGGAAGGUAAGAGAAAGUCUGAAAGCACUGGACAAGGCGGAAUUGUUACCAGAACAUACAGCAGAGGACGAAGUGAGGAAGAUCGAGGCCAUCACCGAGGCCGAGGCUUUGCACGAUGACAGUCUGGCAGAGGAGCGCGCCGCACAAGCUCUGUACGACGACGACGAGACUUUGACACAGCAGUGUAGUGCAGAAGAGCAAGAGCAGGUCCGAGCACAUAGUAGGGAGCACCGCAUCACUAUAGCGGAGGCCGGAGAAGCAUUAGGCGUCUUCACUUCGAAAAUCUUCGCGAGGUGGGUUCAGGAAUUAAUCGAGGCAAGACCGCCCCCACCAGAUCCAAAUGCACCGAUUGCGCAUGAAGCGUCCCCAUUUGAGUAUAGUGACUGGACUGCACCACAAAAUCAUCUCGGGUCUGUGGAUAUUUGGUUCGCCUGGCGCCACAACCCGCAGCACUUCUACAAAGUGCCACGAAGCCUCGAGGAGGACUUUUACCCCGAUCGUAUUGCCAAUGAAGCGACCGUAUGUGUGAUACGGGCGAAGAAGCUGCUGUCAGUCCAGAAAGAUAAGGACGCUGCUGAUGCGAUGGUGUCUCUCUCUCUACGAGGUAAGGAGAAGCACACGCGAGUGGUUCAGAAGACUCUCUUCCCGUUGUGGGGCCAGGCCUUCUACCUCCCUGCAUUAGAUAGCAGUAGUGUUAUAGAAUGUACGGUUCACGAUGUCGACGACCCGGGGCCGUACCAAACUUUAGAAUUCAUGGGUCGAACGUCGGUAGAGUUGAAACCCUUUCUUAACAUACAAGGGAGAGGCAAGCGCCUGUGGUAUUCACUGAAAGAUAAGAAGAACAAACAAGAUAGAGGUAUCCUCGAGUUGUACGUGGCCUACCGGCAUAAUGUGGAUUUGGCUAUCAUACCGGUACCGGAAGAGGCGGCGGUCGAUAGCUAUAAACAGCGGGACGCGAACGAGUUGGUUAUAGUCCUCGUAAGGGCGAGGCACCUCGGGAAACGCGGGACCCCGCCAGACCAGGGUCCUCUAUCACGCGUGCGCAUCACAUCUGGAUCCUGGGCCUCUUCCGUAUCCACAGAAAAAAGGGGCAUCUCGCCGCUAUGGCUAGAAACUUUUAGAAUCGAAUGCGAGGACUUCGAAGAGGUCAUCAGGUUCGAAGUACUUGAGAACGACGACGUACUAGGACACACGACGCUAGAGGUCAAAACUUUGGCAGGAAGAAAACCGAUCAGGAAAUGGUUCAAGCUCGAUGGACUCGGGGAUUUGGAUUUGUGUCUACACUGGCACCAUUCUACAGCUGUAAAAAUACCACCAUUAGCCCUCGAAACGCAACCUUCCGCUGACAGAAGGUUGCCUCUGAAUUCCCUAGUUGUUACUGUUUUACGAUGCCGAGGCUUGCGGCGACAAGACCUCGAGAAACGCGGUCCGGUCGGGCGGGGUCGGGUGCGCAAGUCACGAAUCGAAGAUGAGGCACCAGUGGAAGUACGGCCGGCCAACCCUCGAGUCAGGAUGGAAAUUGGUAACUUACCCCAUCAAUCGACCGAUACGUACACCGAAGCAGGUAGGUCAGUGACGAACACUUUUAACCCCAACUACAUGGAGACGUUUCGGUUUGACGACGUGUACGAUGGCGGACUCGUUUGUAGGAUAUAUGUGGAACAUACCAGUAACAAGAAGCCCGAAAUGAUGGGUAAAUGUCUGUGUGGAAAUCAACCAGUGCGUCGGCAGCACCGAUGCGGCCGUGCUGAUACGGUCGAGCGGAACCGGCACCGCCACGCCGUCGAGCAGGCGUCGCGUCGAUGGCGUGGGGGUCGACGCGAAGAUUUCCACACAGGUAAGUGUGCCGUGCCGGUGAAAGCAUUAUCGCACCGACGAGCUCUACGAAGGUGGUUGACAUUAGAGGACAAGAAGGGCCGAGCCGACCCUUCAUUGGGUAGAAUUGAGUUGUGUCUGAGGUGGUGCCACAACCCGGAGCUCGAGGUCGAGUUAACUGAAGAGGGUGCUAGGGAUCCGCACAUGUCCAAAGCUCCGAACGAGUUGUUCGUCGUACUUAUUAGGGCGAGAAACCUCAAACCCCAAUCGAGGAAACACGACCAGUCGAAGCAGGCCGACCCUUUCGUUGUGUUGAGUUGCGCGGGCAAGGAGACGCGAAGUACGACAAAAAAAGCUACUUUAAAUCCACGAUGGGUCGAGCGCUACACCUGGGACGCCGACGACGCUUCCGAUGUCUUAGAUAUCGAGGUGCGGGACGCCUGCGCGUAUACCGGGGCUGAUUUUUUAGGUAGAGUGGGCGUGGAAAUGGACCAGCUCCGGAAGAGACAUGCGUUGAGGAAGUUCUUGGUGUUGAAGAACGAGGAGGAUUAUAGGGAUGACGAGCGGGGCGAAAUUGAACUCUUGUUGCACUGGCGGCACAACCCGCACUUCACUCCUAAAAAAUUUCCCGAGGAAAGUCCGUUUUCUCGGCGUUUCCGAACUUCAAGUUGCGUCGACGGGCGUCGACGGGCGUCGAUGCGGCCGUCCGAGAGUCUACGCGUCGCGCGAGAGCGUUCCCCGCGCAGGCGACAGCUACGACAGACCAGGUAAACCGAACUGCUUAGUCGUCGUUUUAGUAAGGGCGAAGAAGCUUAAAAGAUUAGAAAAAUACGCGGAGACGCCGGGGACCACCGACCCGACCUGCCUACUCACAUUAGACGGCGAGAAAAAACGGUCACGAACCGUGGAAAAUCAGUUGAACCCCCACUGGAACCAGAGCUUCAAAUUCAACGAUAUUGAGGACCUGAAGCUCGAUCGGGACACGCAGCAUCACUUACAUGUUGAUAUCUUCGACACGGAUGCUGAUGGUGAGACGACGAGUAUCGCCUCCUGCAAGGUACCGUGUUUCAAGUUCCGAGACCGGAAGCCGCACCGAGCGUGGCACUGGUUGCAUCGUGGGAACGACGGGGCCCAAUCAUCAGGCAAAGUGGAACUCGUGUGUAGAUGGGUCCACGACGCCUCGUUAAUUUUACCUGUGGAUUUGAAUAACGUCUACGAGGACGAGGGGUCGGAGGUCCAGCAGCCCAACGAAAUCACGGUGCACGUCGUUCGUUGCCGCCAGUUGAUCAGAACGAGUCGCACGCUGGCGUCGAAGGACACCAGCAACCCCUUUGUGCGCGUGAGUACGACGUUCGAAAGUAAGAGGACGAAGACCGCUCGGCGGACGGUCGCGCCCGUCUAUCAGAAACGGUUUUCGUUUGAAGGGCGACAAGGUGACCACGACCUGCUGGUGGAAGUGUUUGAUAGCUCUACCGAGGAGCCCUUAUUUAUGGGUAGAGCUAGAUUAGCUUUGAAAGAACUGAGAGAGCGCAAACCAAUCAGAAAAUGGCUGACGUUGACGGACGAGUACGGGCGGAAGGACAAGCGACGAGGUCAAGUAGAUAUUGUAUGCUGGCACUUCUAUAGGGGUAGGUAUGUUGUUAGUAUACCGAAUUCUGUAGAGGACGACCCCGCGGUGGAAGGCCCCUGCAACCAGAUCUGCGUCUGUUUAGUUAGAUGUUGGAAUUUACCGGUCAGACAACAUAAAAGUAAAGAUGCCGUGCGCGCGGCGGAUCCCUUUGUUGUUUUGCGGUGUGGGGAACAAGAAAGAGCGACGCAAGUCGAGGAGGGCACGGUCCAUCCCUUGUACCAAGAAGUGUAUAAGUUCCUGGCGCCGGAGGAGACCGAAGUUCGUGUAGACGUCUGGGAUUACGACGGGUGCGUAUCUCCGCGUUUUGAAGUGUUGCGGCGCCUUCACGCCAUCGACGCGCGUCGUCUCCGGGAGAGGAUGUCGUGGCUGGUUUCUUUUUCGAUUUUGAUGCUCCGCGCAGGUUGCGGGCGAACGCCUGGGUCGGGUCGUGCACGCUGAAGACCUGUGAUAUUGCUCGCGACAAGGACGAGGCGUACCGGGUCUGGCUUCCCCUCAGAGAUGAAUUUGGGCAGAUCAAAACGGGUUUAGUUGAAUUGUACGCUCGGUGGCACACGUCUUUGAAGCUCUGGUCUCCUGCCACUGAUGUGAUAGAAGUAGCAGAAGGCGUGACCGAGGAACGAGUCUAUAGACCAGGAAAACCGACCGGUAUUUGUCCGGAACAGCUUGUGUGCAUCGUGAGAUGCGUCAACGGUCUCCAGAACUUACGGCCAGGCACGGCUGUUUGGUGUAGAGUGAAAGUUCGCCAGCAAAAGUUCCAAACGACGCCGAGACGCGUGACGGACCACGAUUCCGUAUAUAUCCAAGAGAGGUGCCAUUUCUACGUCGAUGGCGUCGAGGGUCCGGGCCACUGGGACGGGCCUGCUAUAAAAGUAGAGUUGUACGCCGCUUCAAAUGCGUCGUCUUCACCAGAUUGGUGUACGGUCUUAGCGGCGUAUGACGUGCCCAUUCAUCAAACGUACAUGAAAAAUGAGGCUACUGUCGUACGAGUCUCGGAGGACUUCUCAGUCGAGUUGUUUCUGCGAUGGAGGCACUUACGAGACGCGCGGACCUACGAGGGCGCGCAACGCAUGAAACGAGAGGAGAAGAAGCCCAAGACAGGCUUGGGCCUCGCCAAAUUCCUGGAGAACGCCCAGCAGUACGGCGAAUCCGACGAAGAGAGUACGGUGGCUUCGAGUAGUGAGUCGUCGCAUCUUCGCGGUUAUGUGUCCGAGGGUCACGUGUCGUCGUCGGACGAGGCAUCGUAUGAUGACAGUGACGCCGUCUCUGUUCUUGUAAAAGUCGAGGCUUGUCGAGGCGUGCCGGCGCCUCGAUUUGUGGAGCUGGAGGCGUCGGUGAGUGUCAGUGCUGUCGACGCGAACAACCAGGACGACCUGUUCGAGGGGUCGUACGCCACAGAAAAGGCUCAUGCUUCGUUUGAAAGUUCGCACGCCGUCGGAGCUAAAUUUGCUGAUAUCGCAUUUGCGUCGGAAGAGCGCAUGGUCGUGUCAUCCUCAUCCAUACUACGCUUCUCAUUAUCGGCGCAGGGCUCCAUACAAGAACGUAGAUAUGUCUCGAAGAAGCCGUUACGGUGUCUCGGGUUCUGUCGCCUGUGGCUCAAAGGCUCGAAACCGCGUUCAAUAACAAAGUGGCUCCAGAUCAACGGCGGCUCGUUGUCCUCAGACGAGUGGACGCACGAUAGAGGAGAGUUGAAAGUUACUGUUACUGUCGAAGGGCCGGCUGAUAGCGAUGAACUACUAGUAGAUGAGCCCUGGCGCCAGGACAUAGAAGAGUCUCCACCGUUUGGACUAGAGUCGUUAAGAGACCUCCCACCGCUCCAGCACAAGCAUCUGACGCCGUUAGUUCUACCAGAGACGUAUCUCCAUACGGGCGGGUUGCCAGGAAUUAGAAAGAAGAACGCGCGGGCUUACCGUGAAGCAUUAUCCAAACUACCGCUGCUGGACGCGACGGAUGAAAAAUCUAAAAGAAGACUAGUCGAGCAGCACUUCAUGCGGGUAGCAGGUUACGCCGUGGCGUCUCGAAUCUUGUCGAAGUCGCUGAAGGCCAACGAUCUACCGCCACCCGGCAAAAGACGCUUCGACGGGUCGGGCUACUUCUACCCCGCCGGGGCGCCGGACCCUCGACGGCCCCGAGGCGCGUACCCGGACACAAAAGCCAGUACGUUAAGGUACGAUUCAAGUGUAGCGUGGCGCGACAGACUGGCCGACGCCAAGGAGAAGAUCGACCAUAGCAAGCCCGUCGCCGAUCCCGGUGCGAAGCUUUGGAGGUGUGGUCGCACAUUCUCAUUGCUGCCGGGGAAAAGGAAGCCAGGGGAGGCGCUUCCGACUGUGAGUUAGUACUGUUUACUC